AUGGAGAGCAACGCGUCCUCUGGAAACUGCACCAGUCCCCAGAUGUCCUUCCAGUCCACUCUGUAUGCAACCACCUACACCCUCAUAUUCAUCCCUGGCCUCCUAGCCAACAGUGCUGCCCUCUGGGUCUUGUGCCGCUUCAUCAGCAAGAAGAGCAAAGCCGUCAUCUUCAUGAUCAACCUGGCGGUGGCUGAUCUGGCGCAUGUCCUCUCGUUGCCCUUGCGCAUGUAUUACUACAUAAACCACACAUGGCCCUUUGGAAGUUUUCUUUGCCAGGUGUGCUUCUACCUGAAGUAUCUCAACAUGUAUGCCAGCAUUUGCUUCCUCACCUGCAUCAGCGUCCAGCGGUACCUCUUCCUCCUCCAUCCCUUCAAAGCCAAGGACUGGAAGCGGCGGUAUGACGUAGCCAUCAGCGCCACUGUUUGGCUCUUCGUGGGGGCAGCGUGCUUGCCCCUGCUCAUAGUGAGGAGCCCAGCCUUGUCUAACAGCACAAACACGUGCUUCUCAGACCUGGGGGUUAAGCAGCUGAGCCCAGGAGCCUCCAUCGCGCUGGUGACAGUGGCAGAGCUGUUUGGGUUUGUGAUCCCCUUUGGCAUCAUUGCCUGCUGCACUUGGAAGAUGCGGCAGUCCCUGCGGGAGUGUCCGACGCAGCUGCAGAACACCAGUGAGAAGCAGAAGGCUUUGCGCAUGGUCUUGAUGUGCGCGGCUGUCUUCUUCAUCUGCUUCACCCCCUACCACAUCAACUUCCCGUUCUUCAUGAUGGUGAUAGAGAACAUCAUCCAGGACUGCGCUGUCCACAGGAGCACACUCCGCUUUCACCCCAUCUCCCUCUGCCUGGCGAGCCUCAACUGCUGCUUGGACCCAGUCCUCUACUACUUCAUGACCUCUGAAUUACAGGACCAGCUGCU